GUCUGCGCUGGAAGCACGGUGGAAACCAUGGGGCACACCACUGUUACACCAAACACACCAGCUAUACAAUCCUCGAUUUCUUCCGCACCGAACCUGGUUGGUACAACUGGGCUGUCAAAGGAUUGCGCUGGAUGCGGGAAACAUAUAACCGAACGCUUCAUGUUGAAGGCACUGGAUCUCUUUUGGCAUGAGGAUUGUCUGAAGUGUGGCUGCUGUGAUUGCCGGCUCGGUGAAGUUGGCUCAACUUUGUAUACUAAAGCAAACCUUAUACUAUGUAAGAGAGACUACCUUAGACUAUUCGGCACGACUGGUUACUGUGCGGCAUGCAAUAAGGUGAUACCAGCGUUCGAGAUGGUGAUGCGAGCAAAAAACAAUGUUUAUCAUCUGGAGUGCUUCGCAUGCCAACAAUGCAAUCAUAGAUUCUGCGUAGGCGAUCGUUUCUAUUUAUGUGAUAAUAAAAUUUUAUGCGAAUACGAUUACGAGGAGCGGCUUGUUUUUGCCAAUAUGGCAUGUAAUCCAUCUAGUAUAGCACAUAUACGGAGGCAAGUUAGUACUUUACAGUCAAUCGAAGAAAAUAACCCCUCCGGUACUGUCGACGGUGGACGUUUCCCACCAGCAUACCCUAAUCGAUCUUCAUACGUAACGGAGAAAAGCAGUAUUGCAGCAAAUCAGAACCUACUCCAACCAUGUCAUCAACAUGUUGCUGCAACGAUACAAAUGACGGAAGCGCCGGCCAUACCAGCGCCAUCCUCGUAUGUACAAUCCAUCAAGUCAUCGCCUUGUCCAGCCACAUCAUCGGGUAAAACACAACCUCUCAUAAAACAUCAAACCGAAAACAACAAUCCACACCUGCACAAUCCUGCAUCUCAACAGCAGCAUCAGCACCAGCAGCGUCCAAGCAACCUAGGACUUAACCGAGACGAUGGAUCCAGCGGAUAUGGCAGUCCUGAUUCGGAAACAUUCGAAACGCCAAACAACCAAUGACGCCCGUGAAA